UUAGAAAUUUUUUUGAAGAGCACAUAACCCAACAAAUAUGUUUCGAUCCCUUCUGACUCGGCGGUCCCUUUUGCAUCUCUUGCAGCCAAAAUCAUCCACAAACAGAGGCUACAGCAAGCAUGAUCCAAAUUAUUUGGAUCUCCUGAAGCCUAAAUUCCCACAGUAUGAGACUGUGAACUUCCGCAUCACUGGCUAUGAUUAUCCUGUGUUGGAGAGCUACCAGAAAUUCGUGCACAACACCGCAGAGUACAUGGGAUUUGAAGUUCCGGACGCAUGGGCAGUCCCGCCGAAGAAGCUGAAAGUUCAGCGCUAUAAACCCCAAUCCACAGUGGUGGACAGUGAAUACCAUCUCUCAGUUUACGAGAGAAUCGUACAGAUUGACAAUCUCGAUGCUCCACUCUAUCCAACCUUCCUCCGACUCAUUCAAGCCGGACUCCCGGAAGGUGUUACGUUGGAAGUGCUUGAGCACACCGACGACCAGGAUGAGAUCCGUUUUGUGCCCGACAGUGAACUCCUGGAACUUAAAUCCCAACUUGAGGAAAUGAGAAAGCCCAAAAAGUAAAGUUAAAAGAAUUUAUAAAAUAGUUUUAUAGCUUAAAAAUACAACAUUUCAAAAAACUCUUCUCCCUUUUUCUCAUCGCAUC